AGGCAGUGAGGGAGUGAUGUACGCGCACCAAUUCCGGAUUGCGUCCCGCGUUGGCCUAGGGCUGGGGGUAGCAGCUCUGGUGAGGAGCAACAGCAACAGCAACAGCACCACAAUCUCCAAGCCCACGCGCUGUGAGACCGCGCAGCACCAGCAGCAGCUCCGACGACCAUCAAGUCAACAACAAACAUAUUUUGACCACGCAUUAGACGACCGCGAAAAGGACACGGCGGGCUUUGUGGGAGUUUUUCUGGACGCGGCCUCAGUGAAGCGCGUGCAAAAUGCCGUGGGGGGCUCCCUGGGCCGAAACGCUCAUGCCUUGGUCCAGUUACAUCCUGAACCUGGGGUAAAGCGGUCAUUUGCCCCCUUAUUUGGCAGCAAGGCCGAGGUAGUGGUAAGAGGCGUGGCUGAAGACGUGUCCACACGCCAAAAGGUUAUUAUCGUCGAUGUUAACGUGGGUGGAGGUCGCCUGUACCCCUCCAGAAACGGCCACGGGAGCAUUCCCACAAUAGCCAUGGCCUCGGAGAGCUGGGACGAUGACGUGGCGGAUCUAUUGGGCGUGGAUCUGGCGCGUCGACUCCUAGAGAACGGAAUAUUGCACGCAAAGGGAUCCUGGGACGGCGUGCUCCCAGGUCAACUUUUGGACGGGAUCAAAUAUCCGCCUACGCGAGCCGUCUUCCAGGAGCUCGACGCACCCGUCGCUUGUGAAGGCACGAUCUGCGCGUCCACAGACUACGAUAAGCAGUCGGAUAAGUGCAUAAUUCGAGCCGAUACAGCAUCGGGAAUGGCGGAAAAAAGCCAGGACGAGGCGGAGGAGGUAGAAGGCGAAUGCCCCCUGUGCACGUACAUGAUGAACAGUCCCUGCAAGGAUGUCUUUGUGGUGUUCAAGUCCUGCAUCGAUAAAGCUGGCAGCACUGACGAGCGAGAGGAUCUGACACGCUGUGAAGCAUCGGCGGCCUUUGUCCAUGAGUGUAUCCAAAAUUUUGGACUUUUCCGAGAGCAUCUGCAGGAAGAGGCUGAGGAGGCAGCUGAGAUAUCAGAUGAGGGGAAGGCGUGAGCCAUUGAGAAGGACACGGCGGCACACAUUGGUGGGAGAGAGAGAAUUUCUAGCAAGUAACAAAGAGUCAUAGAAAUUCAAAACUCUCGCCACGGACUUUAGAGGGUUCGGUUUGUGAUGAGACAUUUUUACAGGUACAGGAUUUGUGGGGUAGUGCUUAAUGCACGGAAUAAGUCCUCACUGCCGAGCUGCGUAAGACGUGGCGAAAAAAGAUGGGACCCUUGAAGAGGGCGUGUAGAUAGCAUGUGAGAUUGACUAUUGUAGGGUUUCGGUGUAAAUGUGUGGUGUGUGGUAGAGAGGUAGGCAAAGAACGGAAACGGGUUUGGACAGGAUGUCCGAGCCCGCCACGUACUGACGAACA